AUAAACUAUUUUCUGCAUUGAAGGCCGAAGCACCAAUUAACGAUCAAGUCAAGUCUUUCUUCUCUCAUAAAAAUCCAUACGAAAAGAAGGCGGAAACUAAGCUCUUAAUUAAUUUCCUCCAAUAUAACGAGGUACAAGGCUAAGAAAUUUACUCAGAGAGUUUUCCUCUGUACUACUGUCUCAACGUUCGCCCUUUAUUCCAUUCAAGUUUCUCUGUUUUACCCUGUUUGUUCCAUGGCAAUUUUCUGUAAAUUUUGCUUUGUUAUUUUAGUUCAUCUUCUUUCUGCAACUUCCACGUCGCCAGCACCCGUACCCGCACCCGCACCAAGCCCCACUUCACCUUCUUCAAAGAGUGUACCGACACCGGAUUUAAUCUCUCCUAAAAUUGCAGCAAGGACCCCCAAUUCACCUGCUCCAAUCCUUAGUCCCCUUCCCAUAUCCUCUAUUGAUUCAACAGAGUCAAAAAAAGGGUCCUAUGGUAAGCUGAGUGGCAUACAGAAGGCGGGAAUAGUUCUUGGUGUGUUUGCUGGGGCCGGAGUGUUAGUCUGUUGCUGUUUGGUUUACAAGAAACGCCACUCCAAUAUCAGACGGGGCAGACAUGGUUUUGCAUCAAGGAGACCGGCUCCUUGAUUUCAUGGUCGCCAUUCAUCUUUUUCUUCUAAGUUCCUCUUUUUUCUCCUAGUCCCAUCGGAAUUUUACUUGUAUUACAGCGGUGUUGUCUUGUCUCUGUUAUGUUCCUCAAAAUCUUAGAUGUCUCUUUGAUGUUCUCUCUCUCUUUCUUUCUUUCUUUCCCUUUUAUUUAUUUAUUUAUUUGGGUACAUUGUUGAUGUUAUGUUUUUUUGUACUCCUGCUCCCUUACCAAAAAUAACAAAGCAAGAGUUGUAGCUUGUAAGGUUCUUUUUAUGAAUUGAAUAGCAGUAACAAAAUCCACCUGUUUUU